UGUGAGUCAAUUUUCAUUCAGUAUUAAAAUAAGAAAAAAUAUUCCAGGAUUAAGUACAUAAUUUUUACAAGAAAUUUAAAACAUUGGCAUUAAUAAUAAUGUGAAUAAACGAGCUAAGUUUGAAACUUGUAUUAUUUCCUUAUUUCCUAGCGUCAUUUCCUUGGCAACGGAUCUAGCCUCGUGUCAAAACAAUACGCGUGAAUGCAUGCUUACAGUCACAUGGUAGUACAUGCAUAGUAUGCCAUAAAGCAAGAAACAACACUAUCUGCUAAAGUUUCAUAGUGCAUUAUUGUAAUUCUUACUAUGUCUACAUUCAUAGAAAAUGUGCAUAUAAAGGAUGGGGAAUACACAAAAAUAAUAUAUAACAUGAUAAAAGAGCAGCGAUAUACCGAAACCAUUAAAAUUCUUCUAAAUCUUUUAGAUUCUCAUCCUAAUUCUAGACCCUGUUUAUCUCUUUUGGCCCAUUGUUACUUUUACACUCAAGAUUUUAUGGCUGCGGCUCAGUGCUACGAGAAGCUGGUUCAACUGUGUCCACAGGAGAAUCUUUACAAACUCUAUUACGCCCAAUCCUUGCAUCAAGCUUGCAUGUACCCGGAAGCGUGGACGGUCUGUUCGGGCAUUAUCAAUCAAAGUAACUUAGAAUUCAAGGUGAAGAAGUUGCAGGCGGCUAUCAAGUACGGGCAGGAGGACAUGGUAGCUGCGAAGAAUCUCGUGGAUCAAUGUCCCGCCGAUGAUGUCGAUACGGAAAUCAAUCUGGGAUGUCUCUUGUACAAGGAAGAGCAUUACGAGCAGGCCCUCAAGAAAUUUUCAAAUGCGUUACAAAUCGCGGGAUUCAGACCUCACUUAUCGUACAACGUUGCUCUUUGUUAUUUUAAACUGAAAGAGUAUGCAGCAUCACUGAAACAUAUCGCUACUAUUAUCGAGCAUGGUAUAAGGGAGCAUCCUGAGCUGAGUGUAGGGAUGGCCACCGAGGGCAUCGAAGUUCGAAGCGUCGGGAAUACGUUGACACUGCAUGAGACAGCUCUGACGGAGGCCUUCAAUCUGAAGGCUGCUAUCGAGUACCAAUUGCAAAAUUACGAUGCGGCGAAGGAGGCAUUAACGGACAUGCCACCACGUUCCGAGGAGGAACUCGAUGCCGUCACCUUGCACAAUCAGGCGUUAAUAAACAUGGACACGAAACCGAGUGAGGGAUUCGAGAAGUUGCAAUUUCUGCUGCAACAGAACCCUUUCCCACCCGAAACCUUCGCCAAUUUGUUACUUCUGUACUGCAAAUAUCAAUAUUAUGAUCUCGCUGCCGAUGUACUGGCUGAAAAUGUACAUCUGACUUACAAAUAUCUGACACCAUAUUUAUACGACUUCUUGGAUGCGUUAAUAACGCAACAAACCUCGCCAGAGGAAGCCUAUCGCAAAUUCGACGAUCUCGCUAAUAAGCAUACGGAGUCACUUCGUAAGGCGACUAAGCAGGUCCAGGAGGCCAGGUUGAAUCAUGACGACAAUGCCGUGAAGAAGGCUGUGACCGAUUAUGAAGAGGCUCUCGACAGAUACGUUCCCGUAUUGAUGGCGCAGGCGAAGAUUUAUUGGGACCUGGAGAAUUACACUCAGGUGGAGAAGAUCUUUAAGAAGAGCGUCGAGUUCUGCAACGAGCACGACGUGUGGAAGCUGAACGUCGCGCACACGCUCUUCAUGCAGGAGAAUAAAUUCAAGGACUCGACACGUUUCUACGAACCAAUUGUCAAGAAGAAAUAUGACAGCAUCCUGGACGUGAGCGCGAUAGUCCUCGCGAAUCUCUGCGUCAGCUACAUCAUGACCUCGCAGAACGCGGAGGCCGAAGAGCUGAUGAAGAAGAUCGAGAAAGAGGAGGAGGCGGUGUCGUUUGAGGAUCAGGACAAGAAGCUCUUUCACUUGUGCAUCGUGAAUCUAGUGAUCGGAACGCUGUACUGCUCCAAGGGUAACUAUGAGUUCGGCAUAUCACGGGUGAUGAAGAGUCUAGAGCCAUAUAACAAGAAGCUUGGCACCGACACCUGGUUCUACGCGAAGAGAUGCUUCCUGUCGCUCUUGGAGCAAUUGGCAAAGCAACUGGUGGUCCUGAAAGAUUCCACAUUGCAAGAAUGCAUUCAAUUUCUGGAACAUUGCGAAGUCUACGGUAAAGACAUAAUGACAGUGAUAGAUCAGCCAUUUGAUAUACAGGACAUGCUGAAUAUUUCACCUCAAGGCAAACGGACAGUCGUUUACGAGGCACGGUAUCUCAAGGCAUUAUUUUUGAAGUUGCAAAUGUCUUAGAUGUGUAAAGAAAAUCUCUUAUAUAUAUUGUACAUACAUUUUGUAAUAACAUCUUGUGAUUAUUCGAAUUUGCGUGAUGCUCCGAAUUUGUAUUGUCUAAACUUGAAUCGCCUUUUAAUUAUUCUCAAGGAUUUAUACUGGAUCUAUUGUAAUUGUUUCAUCGGCAAUGUAUACAAUAAUUAUAAUAAUAUUAAUAUAAUUUAUUAAUUAUAUCACAAUUUGCAAUAUAAUUUCCAAAGUUGGAUAGUAUUAACUAGUAAAAAAAAAUGUAAAGUUAAAUACUAAAGUUAGAAAUAAGUUAAUAACUUAAUUUUAAAUAAAUUAAUAUGUAACUUUGAGUUAUUAUUAAAAUACAUAUAAUUUAACUUAUUAA